CCUGCACAUCACUUCGCUAAGCCAGCUCACCAACCAACGAUCGGGUCCGCGAGCUAGUAGAAUGAUUCCAUCAUGCGCCCACUCAUCGAAGGCGAGCUUCCCAUAGUUGGCGACGCAUCAUCAUCAUCUUCGUCGGAACACUCGUCUGCCUCCCCGCCCGACCAUCUCGCCGACAACCCUGUGCGGGGUAAUGGAACAGCUCGCAGGACGAAGAAAUGGGCACCCAAGACAAAGACUGGUUGUAUAACAUGUCGCAUCCGCAGAGUAAAGUGCGAUGAAGUGCGACCCGCCUGCACUCGCUGCACCUCGACAGGUCGCAAAUGCGAUGGCUAUGCCGUCCAACCGCCGCAGCCCCCGAACCAGCAUCAACAUCAACAACUGGUCGCGCGAAACGACCUCCGAAUCCUGCGUCCGGCGGCGACUGCGUGUCCAAGCAGCGUCCGUGCAACCGCUCAGGACAUGCAGAUGUUCUACAUGUUUCGCAUGGACACAGCUCGCAAUGUAGCCGGCUCCUUUGAUCAGUCGCUCUGGACAAAGGAUAUCCUGCGUGCUGCUGGCCAAUACCCCGCCGUGUGGUAUGCCAACUUAGCCCUGGCUGCCAUUCACAGAUGGAAGAUUAUGAGUGAUAGCGAUUCCCUUCAUCCCGCCUCCAAUCAAUACCUAGUAGCCUCGAUACACCACUACCAGACGGCCAUCCGUCACUUGCAGAACAUUACUCGAAAGCCAACCAUUGAUUACACAGACAAGGAGACCAUGUUGAUAUCCGAGAUCCUUUUUAUCGGCUUCAACUCGCUCAGUGGCCAUUUGAAAGAAGCAACUGUCCAUGCCAACACCGCAGUCCAGCUGUUUAGCAGAUGGCAGUUUUGGAAACCUGACAGCGAGUCACAAACAACCCCUUCAAACGCUGUGCUUCGCAAGCAAUCACUCGUCAUGUUGGUGACCAACUUUGAAGUCCAAUUUGUCAACAGAUUGGGUCAUAUCCCCCAACCACGAUGGCAAGAUGGCGAGCUUCCCACUGUCUGCUCCGAUGCUCCGUUCAAGACUAUAGACGACGCGUAUGCAGAGUGGAUGCCGCUCUAUGCAGGUAUCAUUGUUUCUGGGCGAGAUGUUGGCGAACUACCUACCGAUACCAUGAUGCCAGUCCCAGACACGUUUUGGUUCUACAAAAAAGAGACUUUGGCUUGGGCCAACAAGUUUCAAAAAUUCCGACAAUCAAUCAUCUUGACCAAUGAAAACGACAAAAACAGAGCCAAGCUACUGGAAUUAUACGCUUUUGCGAUGCGCGCUUGUAUCAACAGUGAUAUCACCGAGGGCAUAUAUCUCUUUGACAGACACACUGAUACAUUCAAUGCCGUUCUCAAGACCCUGGAGGAAAUGCAGCAAUCUCGCCUUACCUACGGAAACGCCCCGUUUACAAGGACGAAUUUCUCCUUUUCCAUAUCUGUCUGCGAGCUGUUUUGGUGGAUCACCAUAAGUUGUCGCCAACACGACUUUCGAGUCCGCGCCAUCGCCCUCCUCCGCGAAUGGCCUGUUUGCGAUGGACUGUGGGACAGUCGCCUCGUCGCAUCCGUACUGGAAGCAUGCAUGAACAUUGAGGAUGAAGGCGGACUCGCGCAGUUACAUAUGACGCCACCAAGACGGUGUCGGUGUACAUAUAGGUCCUUUAUUUGCGGAGAACACCGACUUCGCACGAAAUGGGUACAAUUCGUCCGUGAUGGUGAGGCACUGCUGCACUUUUCCACAGUAAAGGACACCAUGGAAGGGCGACCAACACAAACCAUGCAAAUAUUCUACUAAAAUGUACUAUAUCUAAUGGAAAUUAUAUUUUGCUCUCUGAGGAUUUCCUAAUCUCGGAAUUUCUAUGGCGUUGUGUAAUGUGGUCAGUCCAGCAGACCGAUGGCAAAACAUCACAACACAGUACCUCUCACACGAGAGCAUUGUUUCUGCUUAAAGCUCAACCUAUAGUAUCAAGCUCGGUUAGCAUAUUUAUUUUGCUUUCAAGUAUUUGGGGGAAGAUACGUACACAAAGACCCAGCACACAACCGAGCGAGGUGGCAGCUUCGCAGCAGUCAGAGUUGGUCAGGCAGCUUCCAA